CAACGAAAUACACACAUUAUUUUGCAUAAGAUUUUUCAUGGUAUCAGAGCAGGUUUUCUGACUCUUGAGCCUGUGAACGACGAGAACCUUGAACGUGAGUUUUUCUACGGAACAUUUUUUCUGAAGCUAUGACGAACGGAAGUGACAACAGUCACAAUGAACCGGUGAGGAGGAGGAUUAAUGAUCCGUCCUCUCCUUACUACAUGACGGGUUCAAAUUUUCCCGGACUGAAUAUUUGCGGAAUGAUGCUCAGGGGCGAGAACAAUUAUCACGAGUGGGCUGUUGCGACGAAAAAUGGUUUCCGAGCCCUUGCAAAUGCCGUGACAGAAAAAGACGAGGAAGGCAGCAGUGUUCAGAAAGAAGACGGCCGGGUUCCAGGCUUUACAGACGAGCAGUGGCAAGGCCUCAUUAAGUUUCUGGAGAAGAGUAAGAUAUCCGCACCCACUGAAAAAUUGACGGGACCUGCCUACAAAGAUGCUGAUUGGAGCAGGUAGACGACAAGGCAGAGUAUAUUAUUUUCACAGUUUUGAUCAAGUAGCGGCGCACCAAAUACGGAAACAAGACUCAAGGGAUUUGUGGCACUCCCGGUUAAGACACCCAUCAUCAAAAGUGUUAUGUUAUGUUUUGAGUUUAAAUAAAAUUGAGUUUGUAGAUGAGUUGAAUAAAACUUGUGAUGCAUGUUUAAGAGGGAAGCAGACUGGUGAUGUUUUUCAAAUUAGUAAUGCAAAAACAGUUGAACCUUUUGAAUGAG